AUGAUUGUUAUCUUAUGUUAUGUUGACAAAAAUGAUUGUGUUGUUGAGAGAUUCUUUGGAAUUGUGCAUAUUUUUGAUACAAGUGCUUUGUCUCUUAAAUCAUCAAUUGAGUCAUUGUUUGCUAGGCAUGGAUUAAGCAUGGCAAUAUUACGAGGCUUAGGUUACGAUGUUACGAUGGGGCUACUUCAAUUAACCCUUGUUGCUGUUGCAAAAAGCGAUAUUCAUAUUGCAUCACUUUUUAAUAUGAUUGCUAGUUUGUUGAAUGUUGUAGGAGCCUCAUGUAAAUGUCGAGAUAUUAUUCAAGAAAGUCAAGCCACUGAAGUUUCUAAGGCAUUAAAAACUGGUGAAACGAUAAGUUAUCGUAGAUUAAAUCAAGAAACUAGUCUUAAAAGAGCAACAGAUGCACAUUGGGGUUCACAUUAUGGUACAAUUCUAAAUUUGAUCAACAUGUCGUCAUCUGUGGUAGAGAUACUUAAUAGUAUUGUUAAGGAUGAUACAAGUUCAGAGCAAAGGGCAGAAGCAUAUGGUCUAUUAGAACUUAUGGCACUUGAUAAUCAACUUGAGACUUAUAUUAUUGAUGUGUGUUCUAAUGAUGAGUUUUCAACAAUUAAGGGAAUUGGUGGUUUUACUCAAAAGUUUGUCCAAACAAAGAAGAAUUUAGCAUAUCCACUAGUUUACUUACUUGUGAAAUUGGCAUUGAUAUUAUAUGUUGCAACUGAAAGUGUUGAAAGGGCAUUUUCUACAAUGAAAACUGUGAAAAUUCGAUUGCAGAAUUGGAUGGGAGAUCAAUUGUUUAAUGAUUAUUUGAUUACAUAUGUUGAGAAAGAUGCCUUUGAUAACAUUGAUAAUAAAGCAAUUAUGCAACGCUUCCAAAAAAUGAAAACUCAUUGA